GCAUUUCAAUCAUCAAUCAAGAUCACAACCUUGAGGUAUCAUUUUUCCUUUGAGGGGAACCAUCGAGCAUUUCUAGCUUUUUAUUUGUUUUAUACUAACCCAAAUACCAAAAACAUUGCUUUAUUUCUUUGUAGGCUCUUGUUUUGUAGGUACCAAGCCAAGACAUGCAAUAAACAAGGCAUUUUUCAUGUUUUGGACUGAUGAAAUCGAUUUCCCUACUGGGUAAAUCGAUUUCCCUGCAGCAAUCUUCAACAAAAUCACAUUCUGGACAGCAUGAAAUCGAUUUCCCUCCUGGGUAAAUCGAUUUCCCUAGUGUAUUUUGCGCCAAAUUCUCUUCUGGAACAGAGUGAAAUCGAUUUCACUCCUGGGGAAAUCGAUUUCCUUAAGGCAAAAUUCAAAAAUAUAAGGAGGGAAGCUUGACAUCAUUUUGGCACCUUUUUCUUUGAUUAUUUUUGAUCAUUUUACCAAUUUUCCACCUCAUCAAAAUUAAUCCCUUCAUUAAACCCACUUAAACCCCAUUUUACCACUUUUUACCAUUUAAUUGCCACUUUAAUCACCAAUUAAACACAAGCUAAUUUCCAAAUGCAAAAAGACCAAACUACCACUACUCUUGCUCUCAUCCUAUAAAUAGAGCCCACUACUCUCUCAUUUCUCAAGCUUUUGAGAGCCAAAAAACCCCUUGCAAUUUCUCUCCUCAUCCCUACCAAAUUCACCAAAGCUCUUUGUUCUUUCAUAAAGUUUGUGAGUCACAUCUUGAACCUCACAAACUUUGAGCUAAACCACCAUCUAUUUCACUCUUUUUUCUUCAAUUGUUGAGAGAUCAAGAUUUGUGUUGGUGAUUCUUGAAGUAGAUCUAAGUUUUGUUCAAGAUUUGAGUUUGUCUACCGUCAAGCUGAUUCCUCCACACAAGUACGGAACUAGAGCCAACGUCAGAUUGAGAAUGGAAUACCAAGAGCAACACAAUGCAGAGGUCAGAAUGGAAAUUGAUGAGUUGAAGUCAGGCAUGACCAAGCUAACUGAAAUGCUGCAAGUUUUGAUUGCUAGAGGAGAACCGCCUCAGAAAACUGUCAUUGUUGAAGUCUCAAGUGCUGAUGUUGACCCUCAACCUACUCAACAACCACCUUCUACAUGGCCAGAGUUUGGUUUGCCACAUGGUUACACUCCUCCAUAUGAGAAGACUCCUGGUAUUGGUCAAUCUUCACAACUUGUGAUUGGUCAAGCUUCAAACCAAGUUUUUCAUGCUCCUGUCUUCACUGAAUCUCAGCCUAUUGUGCACACUGUUGCUCAGCCUACUUAUGUGAAUCCUCUGUUUGAAUAUCAAGCUGCCCGUUCCCAGAAUGGAAGUCAAGGAGAUGCUGGAGACAUUGAAGAUGUCAAAGAGCAGUAUCAUACCUUAGAAAAACGCCUGAGAGCCAUGGAAGGAAACGAUUACUUUGGGGUUGCUGCUGAGAAUAUGUGUUUGGUUUCCAACUUUGUCAUGCCUGCAAAAUUCAAGACUCCUGAGUUUGAGAAGUAUAAGGGGAACACUUGCCCAAGAAGCCAUUUGACCAUGUACUAUCGCAAAAUGGCUGCUUAUACCCAGAAUGAUAAAUUGCUUAUCCAUUGCUUUCAGGAUAGUUUGAGUGGAGCUUCACUGAAAUGGUAUAUGGGACUUGAGAGUAAUCACAUUCAUUGUUUCCAAGAUCUGACUGAUGCUUUCAUGAAGCAGUAUAAGUACAAUCUGGACAUGGCGCCUGAUCGCCGACAACUGCAAAACAUGGCUCAGAAGGAAAAAGAGUCUUUCAAAGAAUAUGCUCAACGUUGGAGAGAAUUGGCUUCCCAAGUUGAACCACCAUUGGCUGAGAAAGAAUUGACUGGAAUGUUCAUGGAUACUCUCUCCCCUUUCUACUGGGAGAAAAUGAUUGGAAGUGUGUCCUCAAACUUCACAGACUUGGUUACUAUUGGCCAGAGACUUGAAGAGGGAAUCAAGAAUGGGAAAGUUGCUAAUGUUGCUGAAUCCUCUGGUGGAUCGAAGAAACCUUAUGGAAACUUCCACAAGAAGAAAGAGAAUGAGACCAAUGCUGUGUCUGAUGAUAGAAGGGGAUCUCGUCGUAAACCUCAAAAUGGGGAUCAACCUUAUGUAGCCGCUGUCGCUCCUGUGCAAGUUCAAGUUCCUCAAUCUCAGGUUGCUAAUCAGAAUCAGAAUCGUGGUAGGACAACUUAUGAUCCUAUUCCCAUGACUUAUACAGAACUGUAUCCUGCUUUGGUCCAGAAAGGGUUGAUUACAACAAGAGCCAUGCCUCCUCCUCGAAACCCCCCCUCAAGAGGAUUUCGGCCUGAUCUUCAUUGUGAAUUUCAUCAGGGUGGUGCUGGCCAUGAUUUAGAAGGCUGCUAUGCUUUGAAGGCCUUAGUGCAAGAGUUGGUUAGAGCAAAGAUGCUAUCUUUCAGGGAUAUGGGUCCCAAUGUUGUCACUAAUCCUUUGCCAGAACAGAGUGGCUGAAGACAGAUCAAAGCCAGAUAUUCCUAAAGCCAAGUGUUUCAGACAAGAUAGCUCAUCUUUGUUGCUGAUUAGUCACUAGGCUUUGUUUCUGUACUGUUUGUUUUUCCUUUAUUGUACUGUUUUUUUUUAGACUUUGUUUGUUUCUGAAUGGUGAUUUUAAUGAAAUGAGCAUUGCAUAUUUUGAAUUCAUUAACAUCCACUGUGUUUAUAUUUAUACCUUAUUUUACAAAACUUUUUCUUCCAUUUGCUUUCUCUAUCAAACUUGUGUUUUAUGCAAAGAUUGGAGGGAGGAUGAUGACAACGAAAUACCCAAGUUGUUGAACUGUAUGCUUUCGAAUAAAACUCUGCUGAUGAUGUACAGGCAUUGUUUCAAUUCCCAAACACUGGAGAAAUAAGGAAGUUAAUCCCUUGUCAACCCCUCUGAGCCUUCGAAGUAGGAGUUUCUUUCUGUACGAAAAAACCCACAUUUUAAACCUGGGGCAGGGUAGUUCUCAGUUAAUUUGGCUGUGCAUUCUAUUUUAAGAGAAUCAUUCAGUACACCUUUCCACAAAGGUUUCAAUCACAAGCGCUCCUCCGCAUACAUCAAAGAAAUGUUGGAGAUGUCAAUCAAAAGCCAAAGAUGGUUCAUCUUAAUCAUUAAGCAAGGCAGUCACUAUCUUUCAAAAAAAAUGUAUCAAAAAAUGUAUACAAAGAAAAGCCUGCUAAGUCAAAACCAAAAACGACUUAGGCAAGAAUCAAGGCAUCCCGCUGACUGUAAGUUCAAAAAUAAACGGUUCAGGCAAAAGUUAGGGAUAUAUAAAAAGAAAAGAUGAAAAAAGAGAAGUCAAUAAUUCCUAAACAACAAAAUAUUGUGACUACCAAAAGGAAGAAGUGACUGCCAUCUCAAAAUUUCUCUUUGCUUGUGAACUAUCAUCAUUAUCAAAGGUGCAAUUCCAGAAGCCUCUUGGAACCUGAAUGCAUAAGUUGAAUUAACUGAGUUUUAGGACUGGAGAUCAUCACGAAGAUGGGGUGGGUACAAUCAAAUUUUGAGCUUUAUAUCCUUUGUUUCUGAAACCGUGAACCUGGCCACGUUACAACCUUUAAAAGACCUAAUUGAGGCAAGGUUUGUUUGAAAGCAUACUACAACAAGGUUGCGUAAGCUGACUCCCAUGAGAUUUGCCAAUCAUUUGCUUUGAUAUCAUAUCUUUGUUUUAUCUUUCACUUUGAAUGUCUGAACCUUUAUGUUUUGACUAGUUGAUUCCAUUUUCUUUACAUCAAUAACAUCUUUCAAAAAAUGAUUUUGAUUUCAAAAAUAUUCUUUGAGCAUUGCAUUAAAAUUACCAUUCUUGAAUGAACAUUUUGUUUGCAAGUAAGCACUCAUUUUUCAGGAAGUUCAAACAGUCGAGAAACUUGAUCAGUGAUCCUAUCAGGGGCAUGUUAUUUCAAGAUCCUGUUGUUCAUUCAAGAUUUGUUGAUCAGAAUAUCAUUUCAAUACUUGUACUGGGGCAAGCCAUCCUAACAUGCAUUUCAAGAAUUGAAGCCAUGAUCAGUUAACUUGCAACAAUUAGUCAAUCAGGGGCAAUCUUCUUCAGCAAUCCCCAAGCAGUUUUAUCAGCCCUUCUCAAAGGAUCAUCGAUUUGAUACAGUUACCAGUGUAAUAGAAGUAUGUCCAAGCAUCUUCUUCGUAAGCAGAAUUGGCAGAGUUCCCGUGUUGAGGAAUCAGAAUUCCUAUCGUGCCUCACAAAAGAGUCUCCCUCAGUUGUCACAAACAAUUGCAUUGCAUUGAUCAUAUAUCAUGCAUAGAAAAAUUCAACAUCAUGCAAUGAAACAAAAUUCAUGCUCAUUUACAUUCUCCGAGGUCCUGUUGUUAUCAACAUUUUACCUUGAGAUCUAAGUCCAACUUACUUGGCACAUACCAAAGUAGAUGUUCGUCUGCCUGUUUCUAUUUCCGUCCAAUGCUACUCUUGGAUAUGUAAACUUUUCUCUCUGUCCAAUGCUACUCUUGGACAUGUCGUUUCUCACUUUUUAUCCAAAGCCACUAUUGGAUGUCACAAUCCCCAUUAACAUGUUUCUCACCUCCUUCAAAGCUACUAUUGAAUGACGCUCAUGUCUUUGAGCUGGAAUAACAUUCUUUUUGUCCAAUGCCACUAUUGGAUGUUUAUUGAGUUUGUUUUCCAUCCAUUGCCACUCCUGGAUGGCUACUCAGGUUUUUCAAACAAGAUUCCUUUGUGUAUUCAAAGCCACUAUUGAAUCUCCCUGGUUUCUUUUCGUCCAAAGCUACUAUUGGAUGACCCCAAUAUCUUCGAGCUUGGUUAACUUUCCUUUCGUCCAAAGCCACUCGUGGAUGUUCUCAGGUUGUUUUCCUUUCCAUCCAAUGCCACUCUUGGAUGGUUGCUCAAAUUUCCAAAUUGGUUUCCCUUUUGUUCAAAGCUACUAUUGAACGUCUAUGAUGUAUUUCCGGGUUCAGGUUUCCAUUUUGCAUUCAAAGCCACUAUUGAAUCUCUUUGGUUUCCAUUUUUGUCUAAAGCUACUAUUGGAUUGUUCCCGAUGUUUUCCAGAGUUUGGAUUCCUUUUGUUCAAAGCUACUGUUGAACGUCUCUGCCGUAUCUUCGGGUUUGUAGGUCUCCUUUUGCAUUCAAAGCCACUAUUGAAUCUUGUUGGUCUCCUUCCAUCCAAAACAACUAUUGGAUGUCUCCGCUGUUUCCUCAGAGUUUGGACCCUUUUUCAGAUUCAUUCAAUGCCACUCUUGAAUGUCUCUGAUGGUUGGUGUCGUCUAAUGCCACUUUUAGACGUUUCUACCCAAUAUGUUUGUGUUCCAGAGUUCAUUCAAUGCCACUUUUGAAUAUCUCUGUUGAUUUUCAUCGUCUAAUGCCACUCUUAGACGUUCUUACUACACUUCUAACUUGGGUUUUGUCCCUCCCUUUCUAAGUAUUGCUGGAUAUUUCUUGUCACCCUGACGGAUAACCAGUAGUAUCUUGUUUCCCUAGCCACUCCUUUCAUUCGAGUCUAUCGCUCAUUCCUUUUGUUCCCCCCAGUGGCAUUAUAUUCCCCCUCUAUUUUCAUAAGCAUACUUGAUGCAUCCAUUAGCAUCGCAUUAUACCUUAGGUUCAAAAAUUGUGUAUUUUAUAUUUAAGUCUCUUCAAUUACGUCGAGCUGAGGAUUUUAACCCUCACAUCUCCGGAAAGAAGAAACUUAAAUAGGGGCAUCUGUCAUACCCCAAUUUUUGACCCUAAGAUCAUACAUCAUUUGCAUUUCAAUCAUCAAUCAAGAUCACAACCUUGAGGUAUCAUUUUUCCUUUGAGGGGAACCAUCGAGCAUUUCUAGCUUUUUAUUUGUUUUAUACUAACCCAAAUACCAAAAACAUUGCUUUAUUUCUUUGUAGGCUCUUGUUUUGUAGGUACCAAGCCAAGACAUGCAAUAAACAAGGCAUUUUUCAUGUUUUGGACUGAUGAAAUCGAUUUCCCUACUGGGUAAAUCGAUUUCCCUGCAGCAAUCUUCAACAAAAUCACAUUCUGGACAGCAUGAAAUCGAUUUCCCUCCUGGGUAAAUCGAUUUCCCUAGUGUAUUUUGCGCCAAAUUCUCUUCUGGAACAGAGUGAAAUCGAUUUCACUCCUGGGGAAAUCGAUUUCCUUAAGGCAAAAUUCAAAAAUAUAAGGAGGGAAGCUUGACAUCAUUUUGGCACCUUUUUCUUUGAUUAUUUUUGAUCAUUUUACCAAUUUUCCACCUCAUCAAAAUUAAUCCCUUCAUUAAACCCACUUAAACCCCAUUUUACCACUUUUUACCAUUUAAUUGCCACUUUAAUCACCAAUUAAACACAAGCUAAUUUCCAAAUGCAAAAAGACCAAACUACCACUACUCUUGCUCUCAUCCUAUAAAUAGAGCCCACUACUCUCUCAUUUCUCAAGCUUUUGAGAGCCAAAAAACCCCUUGCAAUUUCUCUCCUCAUCCCUACCAAAUUCACCAAAGCUCUUUGUUCUUUCAUAAAGUUUGUGAGUCACAUCUUGAACCUCACAAACUUUGAGCUAAACCACCAUCUAUUUCACUCUUUUUUCUUCAAUUGUUGAGAGAUCAAGAUUUGUGUUGGUGAUUCUUGAAGUAGAUCUAAGUUUUGUUCAAGAUUUGGUAAUUUUCUUCAUCCUUUUUGUAUAUCAUGAUGUAGAUCUUUGUUGCUUGUGUGUGAUGCAUCUUUGAUGCUAUAUUGGUGCUAUUUGAUGGUGAUUUGAUGGAAAAUUCGUGCUCCAAUUGAUAUGUGAUCAUAAGGUGUUUGUAUGUUUGCUUAAGUCAAGUUUUAUGCCUUUAAAUGUUGUUUUUGCUGAAAUUUGCACUGGUCAAAUCGAUUUCCUUAAGGCUCAAAUCGAUUUCAUGCUGUACGUAACUUGUUUUUUUUGAAAACUGCCUUAUGGAAAUCGAUUUCCCUCUGCAUGAAAUCGAUUUCCUGCUGGCAGAAUGUGUUUUUUUGCCUUUUUUAUGCUUGUUUUGGCUUCCUACUUCCUCCACUUCAUUAAUAUCAUUGGAUCUAGGAUGUUGAUAGGUUUGAAAUGACCUAAUCCAUAAUAUUAGAUGAAUGAUAUUAAUGAUAGUGUGAGUUGAUUAUCUUUAUGCAUUUUAUAUUCUUCUUCUCCUUUUUUUCUUUUGAUCGAUGAAAGUCUUAAUAUCUUGAGAAUUCUAUGGAUUCUUGAUAAAGACUAGAUCAAUUUGUUUCUAUUCUUAUCUUUUUCAUCUUAUUUUCUCUUGAUCGAUGAAAGCCUUAAUAUCUAGAGAAUUCUAUGGAUUCUUGAUAAAGGCUAGAUCAUUUCUUCUUCUCCUUCUUGUUUCUUUUGAUUGAUGAUCUUGAUACAUGGAGAACUCUCCUACAUUUGUCCCGACUCGAUAAAAAGAUCAAACAUGGAAGAGAAUUGUAUGCGGUUGAUUUAAGACUUGUGGAGGUUUUUAUCGUGUAGUCGCUAUGAUUUUAUCAAGCUUCUGAUAAGCCCCAUUGACUUUAAAUCCGAGUACAUCAUUCACUCACCAUAGAUCUUCCUACUAACUUUGAUAACAUACUUGACAAGUUUCAAGAUGGUUAUCUUUAACAUUUAACAACUAACUUUAAUUUCCGCACCUUUACUAUACCGCUCUUUAUAUUACCGCUCUUUAUAUUUCUCGCCUUAUCGCUUUACUUUAUCAUUUCAUCAUAUUUACCUUCCGUCAUUUUCUCUUUGUCCACUUGGACAUAUGUUUAUGUUUCCGUUAUUUUUCUUUUGUCCACUUGGACCAUACUUUAUUUUUUCGCUAAAACACUAAUAAAUAACCAAAAUCUAAAAAAUACAUAAGGCUCUCUUUGGACUAUCGGUUACUAUCCCUAGCGCUUUGGAGAUUCGGACUUAUGGACCUAGUACCUCUGGACUCAUUCUAUUGCUAUCCUGUGAUUGUUCUGUCUGUCUGGCAUUGUUCUGUUGUAUGUUUAUGUGUGCAGGUAUUUCCUUGAAAGCCCUUGAUGGUUAAUUCCAAGGCAUUGAUAUAAGGAUUUUACCCGAAAACAGCCGUUACUCUGCCCAAUUUUCGUCAGAAUCUUAAUGUGCUUAAUGCAAAGUGGUGCUAAGACAAUAAGUUCAUGUGGAUCCCCAAGUGUUAAUGUGUUGGUAUUGAUAAAUCCAAAGGAUGGGAAAACUACCUUGGCUCUUAAUGUCAAGUGUUGGCUUCUUAUUUGGUUAGACCGUUUCUUUCCUUAGCUUUUACUUUAUGCAUUAGGUUAGUCUCUUCAUCUCCUCCCAUUCUUAAAUUUUCAAAAUCUUCUCCCUUUUUCCAAAAUAUUCUUAUGUUUGCAAACCUUUUCAAAAACCUUUUCUCAAAAAUAUCUUUCGCCCUCAGUGGCUUUUCUUCAAAAGUUUAGACACCGUUAAUUGUCGAAACGAGUGGUUAUACCCCACGAUUUUGAAAUUGAUUGAUAAUAACGAGAUCUUUUCCGCGUGAGAGAGCUAGUGGCAUACUCGUUGAUUUUAUCCGAGUUGGCGCCCUUCUUUCAUUUGCGAUGCAAAGAACUCGUUUGUUCUCAUGCUCAAGAUCAGUGGCUGAGUAUUUCUCUCUAACGACAACAAAGUGUUUAUUCGUUCUAAAAACGUUUUUCCCAAAAGCGGAACUACAUUAGCUCUGACUUCUCCAUUGCACCGAGGAGGUAUGUAGGCCCAAAGCUUAACGCUUUGCCGAGCUUAUUUUGAAAAUAAAACAAACCGUUUUUUAGCACACACACAACACAGAUUUUCAAAAAGGUUCCCGUGGAGUACCACGGAUAUGAGGGGUGCUUUAAACCUUCCCCUCAUAUAAUCAACACCCGAACCUGAGUUCUCUUUCUUGUUUUUCUUUAAAAACAAAACUUUGGGUUUUACGUUCUUUUCCCUUUUCCUUUGAAAAAAUAAAGCGCGGUGGCGAUUUCAAAACGGAAUAUUGAUUCGAGUCAAUCCCAUGGCUUCGAUAUCAGAUUUUCCCCGCUACACAAAACACUACACAAUUGUAAUUGAAUCAGCACUAAUCACUCUCAUCAAAAAGUAUGAUGACUAAAAGAGGGGUUAAACACUCAUCCAAACAAUUAAAUCAACAAAGAUCCAUAUCAUACGUUCACCAAAUUGUUAGCAUCAAGUCUUGUGGAAUCUGAGAAUCAGAAGGUCUUUCUAGGGUUGUAAUGUGGUUUAGAUUCAAAGAAAAGAAGAUAGUCAAGGGUUGUUCCUAAUCUAGGGAAGCAUCCAAAUCAUAACUCAUUCCUUCUUCUCUAUAACUUUAAUUCUCUCACCCGUCCAUCUUUUUCCAUUCGUAGCUUGGUUUUUCUUUUUCACUCCUUUUUUUUUCAACAACCGUUAUAUUCAAACGUUGUUCUUUUUCCAUAAACUCUUAUUAUUAUUUUUUUUCAAGCUACGAAUUUCUUUUAUACUUCACCGAUUACCACAUGUACUUACUCUUCUUUUGAAUGUGACUCUCCCCAACUUGGAGAUCAACCUGUAUUUAGAUUAUAUGAAUGCUCCCCUACUUUCUAAAAAAAGGUCAAAGAGAAAACACAUCACCAAAUUUUAUGGUUGAUGGUUCAAAACAAAACUUUUUAUUGAGAUCAAAGCUCACCAGGUAUUUUCCUUGGUGCAUAUUAUGAUGCUUAUCUUGACCUCAGGCUCAAAGAAUGGUUAACAAAAGGAUCACACUCUCACAGAAGAAAAUAAGUUGUACGUUAGAGUAGGCUAAAAGAACUCUCAGAUUCAAAUAAGUGCCUAAAUCACUUUCACAGAUUUCCACAAACGAUGUAACAACCGGUUUAGCAUGAUACAAACAAGUCAAAACAAUUGAUGGUCUCCUGCAUAUAGUAAACAAUGGAAGGCUUUCCUCACAAUGAUUAAGGCUAAACCGAUCCAAUAAAAUAGUGUACCAUAAAGAACUUCUGUUAAGAAUUUACUAACAACCUAAAUUUCAUGCACACAUUAGGAGUUUGAGUUCAAAAAUCCGUACCUGCUUUGUCACUUUAUUGAAAAAAGUAAGUGAACUAAAAAAAAUUUCAAAAAUUUUCACUUCACUCACUACCACUUUCACGCAUGUUGCUCCGUUGUUGGUACUUUGUUUGAGAUUCUCAUUCUGUUGUGGACUACUCUUUCUAAACUAGGGAUAAAAUACCAAAAAUAAAAGCAUAAAAUUGAAAAAUGCAAAAGAGUAAAUCCACCCCCAAACUUGAACUAAACAUUGACCUCAAUGUUUCGUAACAAGCCCGAGAGGGUUGACUCACAAAGGGUAUUGCCAUAUCAAUUGCUUCUUCCUAGCUUUCACCAGAAAGGUCCCCUUAUUAUUUCCUGAAAUAAAAAUAAACAAAACACAAUAAAACAUUAGAAGUGUGGGUUACCUCCCACGAAGUGCCUUGUUUAACGUCGCAUGGCUUGACGGUUCAUGCUUUCAAGGUUUUAGGAAUGGUGCAUGUUGCUCCACUCCCCCGAAGUAAUCUUUUAACCGUUUUCCAUUAACGGUUCUCCUCUCUUUUGUCAGCGGAUUCUCUACCAUAAUGGCACCGUGGUCGCAUAUAUCUUUUACUAUCAGUGGUCCAGACCAUUUUGUUGUUGCUUUACCCGAGAGAUAUCUUAGUUUUGAGUUGCACAGGAGUACCUCUUGUCCAACUUGGAAGUAGCUCGGAGUUCGAGUUUUGUCUUCCUUGCUUGCUCCUUUAGUUGCAUCGAUUUGGAAGAUAUCACUCUUGUUCUUAAGAUGCCUCUUGGCCUUGAACAGAGUAAAUUUUACCUCUUCAUCUUGCACCCUUAUUUUCAUGAUCCCUUCAUCCAGAUUAAUCAUCAUUCGAGCGGUUUUCAUGAAUGGCCUUCCUAGAAUCACAGGUACCUCAUGAUCUUCUUCCAUGUCAACAACCACAAAGUCUACCGGGAAAAAGAAUUUGUCUACUUUAAUUAGCAGAUCCUGAAUCACUCCAUAGGGUGAAGUGAUAGACUUGUCGGCCAAUUGUAAUGUCAUACUAGUAGACUUCAUCACAACAUUCCCUAGCUUCUUGACAAUGGAUAAAGGGAUUAAGUUGAUGCUCGACCCCAGAUCAAUUAACCCAUCACCAGUGAAAUUACCUCCAAUAUUUAAUGGUAAGGUUACUCGCCCCGGAUCAGAUUCCUUUCUUGGAGUAGUUCUUUGGAUUAUAGCACUACAUUGAGCAUCAAGCACCACAGUUUCUUCAUCUGUGCAUCCCUUUUUCUUUGUGAGCAUGUUCUUUAUAA